AUACCUAAAUUUGGGUUAUGCCUCUCCUGAUACCCAAAAUGGGUCUUCUGUAUGGGUACUCUGUUGGAGGCUAUAGGUAUUGUGUUGGAGACCCAUUUUAGGUUUGGGUUCUCAAAUGAGUCUCCCGUUGGAGACAGUCUUAGGCGUGGUUUAGAUUCAAAGUUUUUAAAUUUUAGUACUGUAGCACUUGGUUCAAAAAGUUUUGGACUAAUUAGGCUCCAAAAAUUCGUUUCACAAAUUACAGACAAACUAGACAAGCUAUAUAAUUAGUUAUUCUUUUAUCUAUACAAAUAUUGUCUAAUCAUGGACUAUUAGGCUCAAAAGAUUCGUCUUAUAAAUUACAGACAAACUGUGCAAAAUUAUUAUUUUAAUCUAUAUUUAAUGCUCUACAUGUGUAACUUGUUCUUAAAGACUUUCUCUCUCCAUACCCAUAAAACAAGUCAUUUUGGACAAGGUUUGAGUUAAAUAUUGGGAAUAUAAAUUAUAACUUUUAAGUCGUUGAGUUUGAAAAUAUGAAAACCAUAGGAAUAGAUUUGUCUUGAAAAAUAUUUUUAUACCACUUUUUGAUAAAUAUUUUUUUAUAAAAGUAACAAGUUAAAGGUAGACUUUGAAGACCGUGCCAUUGUCUAAAACGACUUAUUUUAUAGGUAUGAAGAGAGUAUGUAAUAUUAUAUUUAUAUUUAAUUAUCACAGUUGCAAUAUAGUUCUUAUAUUAUAGAUAAUCGAAGUUGAUGUUUUAGUUUCGUAUUUAAAGUUAGAGUUAACUAUCUAUCGUACGGGUUUUACCAGAGAAAGAGAGACAGGGACUGACGGACGGGCGUGCGAUGUACUAGUGUGGUAGGAUUAGGCCGGACUGGAGGAGGAAGCGGCCGUCUCCGUCUCCGCCCGGGUCACGUCGUCGAGGAGAGGUGGCCCCAGGCUGACGAUGGACCACCACUGUCCCACCCACUGCGUCUGCAUGUACGUCGCGUGUCGCGCUGCCCGAUCUUAUCCGCUUCGCCUGGGGCCCAGCCGUUUGCCACCGUAUACCUGGGCCUCCGACCCACCCCCUGUCGCACUCGUCACUCGUGUGCCGGCCGGCGACGGCGAUGGCGACUGGCCGAUCGCUCGCCGCGGUAUACUCCGCCAGAGCCUCCCGCACCGUGCCUUUCCGCGCCGGCGCACGGCCGGCCCGAGCCGUCGCCGCCGCCGCCGCGGCCGAGCACGUGCGGAGGCUCGUGGCGGAGUUCGACCCGGCGGUCCCGCUGGACUCCGCGAUCACGCCGCCGAGCGGGUGGUACACCGACCCAGGCUUCCUCCAGCACGAGCUCGAUCGUGUCUUCCACCGCGGAUGGCAGGCUGUCGGUCACAUAUGGCAAGUGAAGAACCCAAAUGAUUUCUUCACAGGAAGACUGGGAAAUGUGGAAUUUGUCAUAUGCCGGGAUGCAGAUGGAAAACUUCAUGCUUUCCACAAUGUGUGCCGACAUCACGCGUCACUCCUUGCAUGUGGAAGUGGUCAGAAGACUUGCUUCCAGUGCCCUUAUCAUGGAUGGACAUAUGGAUUGGAUGGCACUCUCCUGAAGGCUACAAGAAUAUCAGGAAUAAGAAAUUUCAAUAAGAAUGAUUUUGGUCUCAUACCAAUCAAGGUGGUUACUUGGGGACCUUUUGUGUUGGUCAGAUUUGAUGAUGAGUCCACUGAAGAUAAUGUUUAUGAUGCAGUUGGAAAUGAAUGGUUGGGUAGUGCUUCAGAUCUGUUGGGUACAAAUGGAAUUGACACUUCACUGCCGCAUAUUUGCAGGCGAGAAUAUAUUAUCAACUGUAACUGGAAGGUCUUUUGUGACAAUUACCUAGAUGGUGGAUAUCAUGUUCCAUACGCACAUGGGGCUCUUGCAUCUGGUCUGCAGCUGCAAUCCUAUGAAACACUUACAUAUGAAAGAGUUAGUGUUCAAAGAUGUGAAAGUGCACCAGCAGAACCAGAUGAUUUUGAUCGCUUAGGGACAAAAGCUCUCUAUGCCUUUGUCUAUCCAAACUUUAUGAUCAACAGGUAUGGUCCAUGGAUGGACACUAAUCUAGCUGUCCCAUUAGACUCAACCAGCUGCAAGGUGGUAUUUGAUUAUUUUCUUGACAAGUCUCUUCUGGAUGACGAGAGCUUUAUCAAGAAAAGCCUAAAAGACAGUGAGCAAGUACAGAUAGAAGACAUUGCACUCUGUGAGGGGGUUCAGCGUGGCCUGGAAUCGCCGGCUUACAGUGUUGGAAGAUACGCUCCGUCUGUGGAGAUGGCCAUGCACCACUUCCACUGCCUCAUACAUGGUAACCUUAGUGGGUAGUUAUUCUCAUGGGCGCAUCUUGCAAACUUGUACAGAACCAAACGCUCUUUUGUGCAGGACACUGCAUGAACACUUCUCUUUAUUGUAAUCUUGUGAUGUUUUUUGUGAAACCAACCACACCUCAAUUACACAAAAACAUGUUUGCUGGUUAUUAAAUUGAGUUCUCAUAAAUUUUCAGAUGCA